GCGGAACGUUUUGUCGCAUACUUGUUCCGCUAGGGAGCGUUUUCUUGGUAGGGCACGCAUGGCGGUGUGGAAGAUGUCUGGGCUGUCAGACACGGAGCGGGCUGAGUGCGCCAAGAUAUUAAAGCUCAUGUCCAAAGGAGACGUGCUGUCUCUGAGCGACACGGUCACGAAUAAGCUGAUAGUAGUGGAGCACGUUAAAGAGGCUGUAGAGACAAUACUCUCCUUCACUAAAAAUGCUGAGGAGUUCCUGAGAAGGAAGAAGGUCUAUCGCGAACUCAUAUUCAAGUACCUGGCCAAAGAAGGUGUGGUGAUGCCCCCCAACAGUGAGAAACACCAGCUGGUGAAAAGGACUUUGGAGCUUUGGUCAUCUAGGAAGGUCGUCCCAGCAGAAACUGAUAAGACCAGACAGAGACCGUCCACCGAGACAGCGAGUGAUUCCACAAAGGUUGAGGCGGGGUUUGACCCACUAGUCCUCGGCCAGCAGUUCUGCCAGUGGUUCUUCCAACUCUUAAAUAGUCAGAACCCCUCGCUGGGCCAGCAACCUCAGGACUGGGGACCACAACACUUCUGGCAAGAUGCGAAGCUACGCCUCCUCUCCAGAACUGGCAGCGAACAGAUGGAUGAAUUCCUGGGCGCUGAACUUGUUAACCUUCGUCUUCUGGCUUUGACCAGGGAUGAACGCCUCGUCCUCAGCCCAAACCUGGAUACUCAAGGCCUCAAGGUCCUAACCUCCCCCCAUGGCCUGGUGCUGGUGGCUGUAGCUGGGACCAUCCACAGAGAUGAAGCCUGUCUGGGUGUCUUUGAACAAAUAUUUGGCCUCAUUCGUUCCCCGUUGGAGAACAACAGCUGGAAGAUCAAGUUUGUCAACCUGAAGAUUAGAGGGCAGGACACUCUGGGUGGGACUGAGGUUGCAGCGCCCUCGUUGAGUUACAACUCCACUGAAUUGCAGCUUCUCUGCAGUUGAUGACAUUAUUUCUUGUACAUUAUUUACCCAGUGAGUGUUUGACUCUGGCACCUUUAUUGGCACAAACCAGUCUCGUAACUUAUGUUUAGCAGUCAUAUUAGGGUAUGCAGGCAGGUGGACACUAUUGCAUCUAAACCUUUUUACUUCAGAACUUCUUUUAUUGUUUUAUUGCUGUCUUACUGCUUUCCAAAAAAAUGGAAAGUCACAGCAGACUGCUGCCGGUUGUGGAAACAUUUUACAGUUACAUUUUACUUCAUGCAAAGCAAGUUUUUAUUUUGCUAGUGCCUUAUGUAAGACAGCUUUUAUAUAUACAGGCAUGGAUGUGCUUUUGUAAAUAUACAUCAUAUCAAAUAUAAAGAUUAUAUUAAAACGUGUAAAUUUUCAAACAGAAGAAAUGUUGUGUUUAUAUGGCACUACAAAAUCAAUUCAAACUGAUUUUGAACA